CCUGAACGCCUCGCGGACACAAACCAUGGAUAUAUAGAAGGGAAGUAACGUUUUCUGUCGUCUUUUCGCUAAUUCUCGCCACUAAAACUGUCAUAAUGAUGUGCGGAGGGACUGGCUCGGUAGCUGCUGCUACCGAAGAAAUUCAGACGAUCUGUGACAGCGUAAAGGCCGCUGCAGAGGAAAAAGCAGGGAAAACCUAUGACGUGUUUACAGCCAAGAGCUACACGUCUCAGGUAGUGGCCGGGACCAACUACUUCAUCAAGGUCCAUGUGGGAGGACACGAGCAUGUUCACCUCCGUGUUUGGAAAAAGCUCCCACAUACUGGAGGAGGGUUAGAGUUAUCUAAUAUGCAGCAGUCCAAGUGCCAGGAGGACCCUGUUGAAUACUUCGAAUAGGAUCCUAAACCAAACACAGCUUCAUUAUAAUCGGUUAUGAUCAAAUUAUCCUGGCUCAGUAUAUAAAACAAUGCUUAUGCAGUUUCCACUCCUAAUAUGUUACAACAUGCUGUAGAUCAUGAUGUAAAGAGCAUGUAAAAAUGUAACUUUUGUACAACAUUAAAGAAUAAAUGAAUCAGAUUUGU